UUAAAAUACGACAUUAAAUCACGUAAAACGAUAAAAAUUAUAAGAUCUAUUUUACACAGCGUAAGAAAUUAAACAGCUAGCCUCUCCUUUGUAGCCCCCGUAGCUUGCUCAUGACCCAGGAUGGGAUGGAUUAUGUCAAGGAGGCUCGAGGCAGGAUAUUUUUAAAAAAUUUAUCAUUAAUUAAUUUUCUACUCUCCUCCACUCCACGAGACAAAAUCACAUGGAACCGUAACUUGCUAGCCAUUGGACCGGCAGCCUUUCCGAAUGUUCUGCGAAUCGUAGGAAAUAAAAAUGCCGACUGUAGUUCUUGGAGGAGGCAUAGCUGGCUUGUCUGCUGCCUAUUACCUCCGGGAAACAGCUCCUGUAGUCAUCGAAGCGACCUCCAGGCUCGGUGGAUGGAUUCACACGAACAAAAGACCAAGCGGCACCCUCUUUGAACUUGGGCCUCGCACUAUUCGACCUGCUGGUGCCCCAGGAGCAAACACUUUGAACCUCAUUGAAGACCUCAAUCUCGAGCAAAAAGUCAGACCGAUCACUCGAGACCAUCCUGCGGCCAAAAAUCGGAUGAUCUUCGCCAAAGGCAAGCUGCACCUCCUACCAAACAGCCUGUCAGGUUUGUUCCAGACUAAGGCUCCGUUUUCCAAGCCCCUUGCCGCCUGCGCCUGGACGGAUUUCUGGGCAAAGCGGAAAAUUUCUACCGACGAAAGCUCCUUUGACUUCAUCAAACGACGAUUCGGUGAGGAUGUGGCCGAAUACGCCAUAUCGCCCAUGCUGUGCGGAAUUUGUGCUGGCAGUGCCAAGGAGAUCAGUGCUAAAAUGCUGUUCAGGAGCCUGUUUGAGGCCGAGCAGAAGCACGGCUCCGUGUUCAAGGGGUUACUGAAAGAGGCGCUGAGUGCAGAGAAAAAGGCUGCAAAUGCAGAUCAACCUGGCAAAUUGGUGACUCGGGCCAAGACUGAGAGGUGGAGCAUUUAUUCCCUGGAGAACGGUCUCGAGAAUCUUCCCCUGACGAUGGCCCAGAAGCUUCGAGAGUCAAAGGUUGAAUUUAAACUGAACGACCCUUGUGUGCAAAUUAAAUUCAACUCCGACUCUGUACGCCUUUUGCUCCGCUCUGGCACAUCCAUCGAGGGAGAAACAUUAAUUUCCGCCUUACCGGCGUCCAGUCUGGCACCCCUGCUGAAGGAGCAGCAUCCCCAGCUGUCCAGGGCGCUGUCCGAACAGACCUGCGCCACGGUGGCGGUGGUCAACAUCCAGUUUAAAGGAAAUCUGAUAAAAGAGCCGGGUUUCGGCUUUCUCGUGCCGCCCGUCGAGCAGAAACCUCUCCUUGGCGUCAUUUACGAUUCCGUCUGCUUCCCGUGUCCCAGCGGCGACACCGUUUUCACCGCCAUGAUGGGUGGACACUGGUUUCAUCCGCAGUUCACCGGAAAAAGCCCGCAGGAGCUCGCGAGUGUCGCAAUUCGUGGUAUCCAGGACAUUUUGGGCAUCACCCAAGAGCCAGUUGACGUGAAUUCGGUUAUUCUUAAAGACUGCAUUCCCCAGUACACUGUUGGACAUUACGAGAGACUGGACGAGAUUGAUAAUUAUGUGGAGAGUAAUCGGUUGCCUUUGCAUCUGGUUGGCUCGUCGUACAGAGGAAUUGGUAUCAACGAUGUCAUCAUGUCUGCAAAGCUGGCUGUUGAUAAAAUUAAAAGACAAAGCAGUGGUUAAAAGGGUUUACGGUUUCCCAAAAAUUGCAUAAAUUUUUUUUCUCUAAUUUAAGAACAAAUCUUUACAAGAUGACUAAAAGUUUAGCAAAAAUUUAACAGAUUUGCAGUGAUUUAAAGAAAUGAAAGACCAGUAGCCUGUUGUCUCGCAUUGUUAAGGCAUACUCUCAGGCUUUUCUGGGAUCUAAAUCGUGGCUGCCCUAUGUCUGAGAUGGCAAAAAGGUGACCCAAAAUGCACAGGUAGCUUAAUUUGCCGGUAGGAAGCGCCACUUGCUGGUUUUCGCACCUUUUCCCCAACUGUCUGGCGUUUCAGUCAAAGACAUGGGUGCGGCGAGGCGAAAAGAUGGGUUCAAGAUCCUCUUCAGGGCCACUUGGGACCCUUGGCGGUGUUUUUAGGACCCAGUGAGCAUAAACUCCGGGAAGUGAAUAAUUUAAAAGACUCGUUUGGGCCAUUAAAAUGAGACCCUCUUAUGUCUUACUUGUAAAUUGUAAUCGAUAAGUCAAAACGCAUGUUGCUUUGCCGCGUGAAACAUAUAAAAAUUGCGCAUGCGUGAUCAUUGAUUCGAGUCUCGGGUCAUCUCUGCGAGGGGUGGCGCAUGCGCAGUGCCUUUAAAAGGCUUUCAAGUUGCACGCGCCAAAGCAACGUGUGAUUGGGCCCACUCUCGGGAAUCGAUUGGAAAACAUCGUUUUAGAGGGUCUUAAAGGAGAUUUUUAUAAUCGAAUUUAGUAUUAUUUGUGGCUGGUGCUAAACGGGAAAAAUUUACCUGAGGAAAUCUCUUGUAUUUUAUACUAUUUUGGAAAGAAUUUCUUCCCUUGAAUUCCCUUUAGAAAAAAUUCAGUGACCCAAAAAAGCUUGAUUUUAUGAAAACCAUCUUGGAAAACUUAAAACUACUACAAUCGGUGUUGUUACCAGAACACCUUUUUUAUAAAAAAAAUCCGAACUAUUGCAAAAGAAAUGUAAAUAAACAAAUUGGUCCGAUUUACCUCGCUGAGCAGACGUGAAUUUUAUUGAAAUUAGAGCGCAUUUUAAUUCCCAUCUUCUUGUCAAACACUGAAUAAAUGAUUUGCAGUUUUAUAUUUUUCAAUGUCA